CCAACACCAACCUCCUCGUCUCCUCCCUCCCACUGCAGAACAUUUCAAUCCUUCUGUGGUUUCCAAGAUGGCUUUCGGCACAAUUUAUGGGUUCGCUGACAAUCCUCGCACCACUGCGUGCCGGAUAGCAGCCAAGGCUAACAACCUCGACGUCAAACUCGUUGAGAAGACAUCUGUUAAGCCUGCUGAGUAUGAGAAGUUCAAUGCUCUGAACAAGAUCCCCACUUUCGUGGGCGCCAAUGACUAUGUCUUGACUGAGUGCAUUGCCAUUGCUAUUUACCUCGCAUCCCAAAAUGAGAAGACCACCCUUCUAGGCAAGACGAAGCAGGACUAUGCUUCGAUCCUUCGCUGGAUGUCGUUCGCCAACAGCGAACUUGUCCCUACUCUUGGUGGUUGGUUCCGUCCUCUUGUUGGACGUGACCCAUACAACAAGGCCUCCGUUGAGGCUAGUUCCAAGGCUGCUCUAAAGGCCUUUGCCCUUCUCGAGAAGCACCUUACCACUAACACCUAUCUGGUUGGCGAACGUCUCACUCUAGCUGACCUCUUUGCCGCCUCGAUGGCUUCUCGUGGCUUUGAAUUUGUUCUUGGCAAGACCUGGCGCUUGGAUAACCCAGCUGUCACUAGAUGGUAUGAGACCGUUGUUAACCAGGACGUUUACAAGGCUGUUGUCCCCAAUCCAACUUUUGUUGAGGAAGGCUUGAAGAACGUUCCCCCCAAGAAAGUAGAGAAGGCCCAACCUCCGCCGCCUGCUGAAGAGGAGCCGAAACCGGCUCCAAAGCCUAAACACCCUCUCGACGCCCUCGGCAAGCCAACCAUGAUCCUUGAUGAUUGGAAGCGCAAGUACUCCAACGAGGACACCCGAUCAGUAGCUAUGCCAUGGUUCUGGGAGCACUACAGACCAGACGAAUAUUCCUUGUGGAAGAUUGAGUACAAGUACCCUAAGGAGCUCAAGUUGACCUUUAUGUCGAGCAACUUAGUUGGCGGUUUCUUUACCCGUCUCGAGGCCUCCCGCAAGUACGUCUUCGGCGCUGUCUCUGUUUACGGAAAGAACAAUGACAACGCAAUCAUGGGUGCCUUUCUCAUCCGCGGCCAAGAGGCUGCCCCUGCUUUUGACGUCGCUCCUGACUGGGAAAGCUACACUUUCACCAAGCUGGAUUCCAACAACCCGGAGGACCGCAAGUUUGUCGAGGACCAGUGGGCCCAAGACGUUUCCAUCACUAUUAAUGGCACGGAAUACCCCAAUGCUGAUGGUCGUGUCUGCAAAUAAAGAGUGAGCGGAUUGAUUAUUAAGUCGAUUACGUUUUGCCACGAUGCUCUCCACAGCACCUCUAUUAAUUUCUUCUCCCCUUUCUGCAACGCGAGGAGCUUCGGUUGAAGAUGUUACGACGAAAUAAUAUGAUAAUGAUUCGAUUCAAUGAAGUUAAAAGAACCUGAUUACAAAUUUCGAAAGGCCUGUUCAUAUCAAUUGAUCUUUCUCAUCAAGCUCUAUACGUGUAAUGAUUUUAUUCUUGCCACAAUAUAAUCCUGAAUGUGUCACUAGCCAACAAUGUAGAAAAGAGGAUAUCACACCCGCCACCUAUUUAUUACCUUAUCCAGGGAGCGGCAACGCAAUAAAACUAUAACCCUGAGAAAGGAAAUAAAGUAAACUAUUCCACCCCCCUCCGCCCCCACGGCAUUUCCUUCCUUUCCUUCCCGGCAACCUUCUUCCGCCUCCUCUCCAACGCCCUCUGUUUCUCCUUUCCACUCAUCUCCGUGAACCGCUUCGCAAUGACCUCCCUCUUCACUUCCCCCUUCUUCAAAAAGUAUGGCUGACUCUUCUUCCCCUCGCGAAUCAACUCCUUUUCUCUUCGCCGAUGCUGCACCAACACCUCCCUCUCCAUCUCCUUGCGCUCAAACGCUCGCUGCCGAUCACUCAUGGACGUAAUCUCUCGCUUGAGACGCACGAUCUCAUGAUCGUCACGCUCUGUCUUCUUUUUCUUGGUUUGUAAUGCCGAGACCUGCUUGCGUAGCUCCGCGAUUUCAUCUGUGCGAUAGUGGUUGAGGAAGGCGUAGUUAUUGCGCGCGUGGAUGUCAGCGUUAGCCGCUGUGGAUGGGUCGCCGUUGGUGCUGUGGCUUAGGACGACGGAGUCGAAGCGCGGGUCGCGGGGUUUGGGGACGGCGAGCGGUUCGAGGAUGGUGCGUUUGCGAGAAACGGCGUGGCGGGAUGAUUGGAUUGUGGGGGCGUGUUUAGAGGUUCGGUGGGUGAGUUUUUGAGGAGGUUUUUUGGCAUUGGAGGCCAGGUGUUUUUGGAAUUCGGAUAGUCCUUGGCACUGAUCAUGUUCUUUGUUGGAGGAGGUAGAGGGAGUAGGAGACUGUCUGCUGAGAACUUUUGUCCUUUUCGGUGUGAUGUCCGUUGUUGAGGUGGUACGUCGUUUUCGCUUUCCUAGGGCUGCUUGAGCUUUGGCGAGUGCGCCGAAGGAGAUUGUGUUUAGCGAGGGGUUUAUGUCAGAGAUCUCUGUAUGUCCAUCAUCCUCCGUAUCAUCAUCAUCGGUCUCACGCUGGUCACUGUUAUCUUGCUCUGUGUCUUCAUUAGAUUCCCCUUCGUCUAACGCCUCAUUUGAAACUGAUUCGUCCGAGAAAUGCUCAAAACCAUCAUUUUCUAGUCGAGCUCUUACCCGCUGGUUGAGCGUACUUGAAAUCGGCAUGUCUGG